AUGGCCAGCCCUGCACCGUCGAACUCUGGCCCCAACAACAUUCGAACCCUUUUCCAACUACCCGCCAAUCCUUCGCCACAAGACAUUGCGCAACUUCAGGCCUACGUCGACCAAGCCUCUCAGUCUUCCAGUGUUUCCACACAUGCCAGCAGCACAGCGCCUCCUGCCUUGACCCCGCUGGCAGAUGCCUUCGAUUCGUUGGGCCCACAGGCACCCUUCACUCAGUCGGCUCCGGCCUCAACUUUUGCAAAUCGUCAGACAGUACCCCAUGUAGCUACCAGUAACGGCCAAGCGUCUAUUACUCCUUAUCGCAGUGCUCGCCUCCUCCAUGAUCCUGUUCCAUCCAACCCCAUUGCUUCCCAACCUCAUCAUUCAGCCGUGCCGCUGCAAUCUCAACGUGAGCCGCAAUACCGAACGCUUCCAGUCGAGAUUCCUGGCGCAGACAAUGCCAUUUGUACCCUUGGAUACCCCCCUUUCCAACGUCCAUCUUCAUUUCUGGGUUUCCAAAGCAUGACCAGCCAAGCAAAUCAGCAGCGAUUGUCCUUGGCCUCGACACACCUUCCAUGUCGACCAGCACUCCCUGUACGGACUCAGACACAAACACAGAUUCGGCGAGGAUCAGCCAGACGUGGUGCAGCAAUUCCGCCUCCCACACUUCCAUCCAGCGGGGAGGAGCUGACCGAUUGCUACAUACGGGAUGAGUAUGGCCGACCUGUCAGUCUGAAAGUCCGUGUUAAGCUCUACCCUCCAUUAAAUGAGCACGCCUCGGACUACUAUGCGUUCCGGUUCUACACAAAUUUGUUUGAUAAUUAUAUUAACAACCAUGGUCUUCUACAUGACUACGAGCUUCCUCUGACUACAGCUGUUAUGGACAUAAUGAAGAGGGUCACGUCGGACAUGGAAAAUGGCCCAUUUUCCUAUCGUUUCGGCCAUCGUCAAAACCAUAUCCUUGCAGAAGAAGACCUCGCCCUAGGCCUUUUGGGAGUCCUCAACCGUGGACGAAGUAGAAGCAACAACCAGGUUCAUUUCAAAACCCAACCAAUUCCUAACGGAAUGACCCUUGAGCACCUCACUACUGGUGCAUCUUCUGAGAGAUACGCCAUUUCCGGCAUCUGUAUCAAAUACUCAAGGUUCAAUUUACACUUUGCUAUCCUUAAAGAGCCGGUCCAAGCCUGUUAUCUCAGCGAAGACGGAGUCACUCGCCGGGUUCACCGCUGCAUCUCUGCACGGCUGUGGUCAAGGUUUCCGUAUGACAACCAGGCAAAUGCUCACGAAAACUCUGGUGCUGUCACUUCUGGUGGAGAAUCAACUGACGAUGAAGAUGGUUCCAGAACGCUGUCAAGGUCCCGAGUGGGUCAGAGUCGCAUAAAUGAAUCCCAAAAUGCACACAGAAAUUCAGGAAUCAGCAGACAGCCGGUUCAUGAUUUGGAAAAUGAAGAUGUCUCGACGGACGUGGAAACCCCUUUCAUGCGGCUGGGAGUGGGCAUCCGUAGGCUGAGUGCUAUAGGUCCAGCAUCCUCGUGUCAUCGCAUCCGGCCUCGGACACCUGUAGCUGAUGUCCAAGACUUUUCACGAGCCCCAAGCCUUCCUCCUAUUCUGUGGUUGAAUGAAUGGGUUCCACCACCCACUUCCGAUGUGCUCGACCUGGCUGACCUGGAGGCCACCGUUUUUGAAGCCACAUGUGGCGAUGACAAUGAUGCCCUGAAGCUGACGGUAAUAGGGCCAGACGUUGCUGAGCUCUCUAAGCUGUUGAUCAAGCACAUUGAAACUGCCUUGCAGGCGGAUGAUUUCUCCAAGGUUCUUGCUCCUGCUCGUGAGUUCAAAAUCAUCUAUACAGACAACGAUGGUCGCGAGAGGCUGCGUUCGACAGGCAGAGGAGUGGAGCAAGAGGCUGUCUAUGUCGCAUUCAACACCUUUCGGAAGAAUGAAUCAGAAUUUUUUCUGCCACGUGCGGGGAAUUACUCGUCCUUGGCCGUUACUCAUUCUUUUUCGACAUCAUUCAUCUCUCCUGCUCACCUUCAAAAGCUUGCUGUGCUUGGGGCUCUUUCAGCUUUGAUGCUAAUCUACGGAAUGGCGCCGGAACCCCUCUCUCCGGUUCUUGUCCACUAUAUGAUACACGACUGUGAUUUCAACUCCAUCCACCCUGGCCUUCUGUCUGAAUGGCUUCCAGAGCUUCAACAACUCCUCCGUUGUUGGAUUGAUGGAGAUCACUCACUGGACCUUAUCCAUUUUCGCGAACAUUUUGCAACAUAUCACGAUAUGCAGAUAUCCUGCUUGAGCCAUCGCGACGAUGCUGCCCAUCAGGCUCUGGCGGCAGAAAUGCUACAUAGAGCUGUUAUUGGGCCUGAAGGUGUCUCUCAUCCUGAAUUCCAAGCAUUUCUCAAGGGUUUCAAGCUCCAUUGUGUGGCUGGUUUUGAAUUUCCAAAGAUAAAGACACUGAUGGAAGGAGGGUCGGAGGCCCUGCUGAACUUUGCAUGGUCCUCUCAGAUCAAGUCUUUCAAGGACUUGGAACAACACCUCCGAAUUUCUCAUCCUUUCCCUUCUGUUGCGCUUGAGCUCCAACACGCACUUUCAAGACAUGGCCAAUCAUUUGAACAGCUUCUUCAUAAUUUCCUCAAAGGAUCUGGGGUCCCAUGUCCGGCUCUCUUUGAAUCUGCCAAGAUUCACUUCAGCCCUAUUGUGGACUUAUCCCGUAUUGACGAGCUCAGCUUUCGCUCUCGCAUGUUUGCUUGGGCUGUAACUGGUAGCCCAUCAGUUGAUGUAACCUCCCAGGGCUUAUCUAUUUACAUUUCACCCGAAGCAGACCCAAAUUAUGCUCCUGCUUCACACCGUGAUGCAAUGAUGCACGAGGGGAAGCUAUCGUUCAAGACUUGCUUCAAGCAGGUCUGA